AAUUAUCAAUAUUAAUAAAUCAAUUUUAACUCGUAUAGUUGCUUUCAAAGAUCAAUCUGGGACCGGCUUUUUACCACCAAAUGUCCACCACUUUUUCAAUCUCUUUUAAUCACCUUUUGUACCGUAUUGUCCACCAUCAGCUUUAAUUAACAACAUACAUUUGAAAAAAGCCAAUCUCUGAUCAACUCACAAUCGCGAAUCGAAGAAACAGAAGAGGCUAACAUUUUAACUCGAUAUAAGCCCUUGUAAGCCCUCUCCUUGUUUGCAUCUUUUCCCUCAUUAUCCAACUAUUACUCAAAAGCCAAUUAGUAAUUGUAUAGGAAAUCAAAUUACAAGCUUAAGUGUAAAAUAACUGCAUCAAAUGUACUAAUGGUUGUUUGUGCGAUUCCAAUCUCAACUAUUUUUAAUUCGGAAAACAAUCAUCUUGAGAAAAAGACUUAUCUUGCUUACAAGUCAUGUUAAACAAUUUAACCAAUUAAACUGUUAUGAGUUAUUAGCAAAGUUAACUUUAACGAAUAUUUUCAAAUUUUUGUAGUUUCUUUGUCUCUAACAAAGGAUUGUAAGGAUACACUCACUUGUCAGUGUAUUACACAGUCUGGUUCAAACUGAAUCAUCUGAUUUAUUCAAACAAUUGAUUUGCACUGUAAACUGUUUCCAUAAAAUUUACUAUUUUGUGUUUUAUUUAAAUUGGUGAUAAAAUAAUGGACUCAUUCGAAACUGAUAAUCAACUCACAAAUCAAUGGAACAUCGUAUCAGUAAACAAAUGAUUCGUAAAAUACCUUAUUUUGAAAAGAUGUUGAGUCAUGAAUGCUUGGAAUCAAAGGAAAAUAAAGUUGUACUGGAUUUUGAUGAACAAGCUUUCAAAAUAAUUCUCGAUUGGGUUGAACGCGAUUAUACUAUUAUUUUGAUCGAGAUGGAUUACGCAUUUGAUUUAUACGAGUUGGCUGAUUAUUUGGGUCUGGAUGGGAUUUCCAAGGAGUGUAUCACCUAUUUUCAUAAGUUUACAAUUGAACAUCUUCCCAUUAUAAUACCAAAAAUGGCUAAAACAACAAAAUUCAUGACCUCUGGUGCUCUUGAUGCUUUCAUUUGUCGUCAUUUCCUAGAUAUAGCAAGCUCAUUCAGUAAAGUGAAUCGCAACACUAAGAAAACUUUUUGGUCGAAAUUUCCUAUUGAAACGAUUGAAUAUAUUUGUGCUUUGGAUCUGAUGAUUAAUUCAGAAUAUCAAGUAUUCGAUGCAAUCAUGGAUUGGGUGCUUUCCGAUUCCUAUUUGAGAAAGUGUCAUCUUGAGAGGUUGUGGAAAUUAGUCCGAUGGUGUCAUUUAAAUGAUAAAGAUUCAUCUAAUUUAGUAAAUCAUCUGCGCAUAUCUGCAGGUUUUGAGGCAAAACUUUGCUCUCCUCGCAAGGCCGAUUGUGAUUGUGUCUUCAAUCGAGCCAAGCAAAAUUGUUUCGUCAUGAUUGAGACAUUGGAUAUUAAAGAUCUGCGAGUCAAAGUACUUGACAACAACUUUAAACUACUAGUUAGUCAAGUAAUCAAGGAAGAUACGUCAAUUGCUUCAAAUUUUUUCCACGAUGAACAUGUUUCUGAUAUUCUUUUCGAUUCUGGAAGAAGAGUUAUUCGAAUAGACUGGAAACAAAAUAAAUAUAAUUGGGCUCCACCGCUAGAAUCUUAUGCUGGAUUGCAAAGAAGGAUUGCUAGAAGCGUUGAAUAUGGAGGCGAGCUUUACGAGGAAUUAGAGCUAGGAGAGGAUAUUGCAAAUGGUUUUUUGCUUUUAGAAUCGACUGAAACUUUCGAUCUGAUUUGCUUUGAAGGAAAACAUUUGCAUCGUUUUUCAAUGCCAAUCCACGAAAUUUAUAAAAGGUUUACAACUCUAAACAAUUGCGAAGCAACUCUUUUGAACAAUAAGAUUUACUUGCUGUCAAACAAAGCUAUAUUAUACGAAGCUCACUAUUUCUUAUGAAAUGCUUAGUCGGACUUGGAGCUAUUGCUUAUGGGAUGAUGAAUUCAGAUUUCAGGAUACACUGUUGAGCUCAAGUCCAUCUGGUGAUAAAAUUAUUUUGAUUAAUAAAAACACAAAAGAUUACGUUAGUUUCGAUGUCAAUACUAAAGUGAAGUCCAAAGGUCAAAUGGUAUCCUAUUCCUCUGCUGAUGGCCAAAAAGAGUCCAAAACGUUGUUAACUUUCACUUCAGCUUUUCUUCCGUUAAACAUCAUCAGAACUUGCUUAAACUCCAAAUCUGACUCAUCAGAGAAUUCGCAAGCAUGAUUCCUUCAUGAACUUGAGCUGAAUUGGUUUAAAGAAUAAGUUAUUCCUUUAGACUUGUAAACUAAUCAUUAUUAUAAUAA